CGCAGGUCCCGCCCCAGUUCAGGUAUAAAUAUGAGCAGGUGAGAGACCUGAGAGGCUUGUGUUGCAGCGACAUGUCCCGAGCUAUUGGUUCCCUCCUCCUGGGCAUCGCCCUGUGCUGUGCGGGUGUCUGGACCCUGGAGUCUCCAGCGAAAUAUCAUGACGUUUGCCCCAAGUUUGAACCUCGGACCUGUAAAUUGCCCCAACCACGGCGUUGCCUCGGCGACAAGGACUGCGCAAAGAGAGGCCAGAAAUGCUGCUGCUCCGAAUGUGGCUGGAAAUGCGUCAAACCAGAGAAAGUGAAAUCGGGGCGCUGCCCCCCAAUAAUGGCCAGCUGUGUGUUGCCCCUCCCAAAACCCCAGUGUCAGACAGACCGCGACUGCCCCCACCAUGAGAAAUGCUGCACCUUAUGUGGGAAAGUCUGUUUGGAUCCCGUGGAAGAGGCCCCGGAAGUGUGUCCGGCCAGCGACCCAAGGAAACUGCAAUGUCCGUCCGUCUUCUGUACCAGGAAUGAGGACUGUCUGGCGCCCCAAAAAUGCUGCCAGUCUGGGGACAAACAGAAAUGUAUGGACCUCUGAUUGGCAGUUGCCUUUUAACCCUUUCACUACCCGGCCUACUGAAUAACGCCUGGACUCUAAUGUAACCACAUGGGCUGGGACCAAUAGGAACUCCCUGUUCUGCUGCACAGGGAAAGUGACUGAGGACUCCAGAAAUACAUAAUAAAUACAUACUACAUACAUACAUGCAUAUAUACAUACAUACUACAUACAUAAAUACAUACUUACAUAUUACAUGCAUUGCAUAUAUACAUACAUAAUACUUAAAUACAACAUACAUACAUACUUCAUACAUACUAUAUACAUUCCCUGCUUUAUAAUGACCCUUCCCAGGUCCAUUCAGUAAGUAAUACUAUGGGCUGGGAUGUUGCACCCGUAUGGACGUGAAAUAAAACUUUUUGCUUGA